AUGGAUGUACAACAGAUUGUGUCUAAUGCAUCAACAGUCAUACUGGUUAUGGGGACAAUGCUGAACCUAAUAUUUAUCUAUACAAUCAGAAAUGGUACCCGAAGUACGGUCAGUCACGUCUACAAAAAUAUAAUGACGUGCUUUGCUGUCUUCAACAUACUUUUCGCAGCUGCAGAAUUCAUCAUUAGGCCUGUAAGUUGUUUUACUUUCACACCAAAAAAACUCACGUUCCAGCAAAUGAAACCUUGGGGGCACAUAUUACUAAGUAUUUUUAUUGGAAUGUACGGCACAAACACAGCUCUUUUGACUCUUCAUUUCGUGUACAGAUACGUUGCCGUUUGCAGGUUUGUGGGCUCUUAUAAUCUGAGGUAUGGUCACUGGGAUCCAAUCAAAAAUGUGUAA